AUGGGAAACGACAAGCAGAAGCGCGGUGACAUCGCCUAUGUCAUCUUCGACAUGGAUGGGCUACUCAACGAGAUCCUGGCGCGGUACGGCCUCGAGAUGACGUGGGACAUGAAGGCCGGCCUCAUGGGCAAGGUGCAGCGCGAGGCGGCCGAAUACCUCUUCAGCUUCUUCCCGGGACUCGAGGACAAGAUCAGUGUCGACGAGUACCUCAAAGAACGGAUGGGCAUGCAAGACGCCCAGUUCCGCAAGGUGCCGCCGAUGCGCGGUGCACUGCAGCUCGUGCAGGGGCUGCAUGAGGCUGGGAUCCCGAUUGCCCUCGCGACCGGGUCGACGAAGCGCAACUUUGACGUCAAGACGGGACACCUGCCCGAGCUCUUCGACAAGUUCCACCCGGAAGUGAUUCUCACUGCCGACUCUCCUGAGGUCCCAAAGGGUCGUGGUAAGCCGCACCCGGACAUCUACCUUGCUGCUGCCCGCAAGCUGGGCCGCGACGUCGGCCACCCCAACGACGCGACCGCCGCGCAGGAGGCGGAGCGUGGGCGUGGGCUCGUGUUUGAGGACGCGCGGCCGGGUGUGCAUGCAGGCGUGGCUGCGGGCAUGAACGUCAUCUGGGUGCCGGAGCCUGAGCUGCUCGCACUCGAGCCUGGGGCGACAUACGGCGCCAAGCAGGUGCUCGAGCACCUCUCGGAGCUCGACACCACUGAGUGGGGACUGCCCGCCAUUCGCCUGGACUAA